GUUCCUGUAUUUAAAAUUUAAAAUUUUUAUUGAAAAUAUUAUGUUUGGAGCACAAGUUCCUUCUUUUCAAUCAAAUAUUGGUUUUGGUAGCACAGGCACCUUCGCUUCGCCUCAACCAACUCCAUUACCAACUGUUACCUCUAAUCCUAAUAAGGAUUUGGAGAUUCCUCAGCCUCCUGAUGAUACAGUGACUGCCCUAAGAUUUAUUAGCCCUGGAGGUAUGGGCAGUCAACUUAAUUAUAUGCUUGCAUCUAGUUGGGAUCAAACGGUCAGGAUAUGGGAAUUACAAUCAACAGGAAAUUGUGUACCUAAAGCUAUGCAAAAAUUAGAUGCCCCUGUUCUCUCAGCUUGUUGGAGUGAUGAUGGAACAAAAAUUUUUACUGCUGGAUGUGAUAAAACAUCAAGAAUGUGGGAUCUUACUUCAAAUCAAAUGAUUCAAGUGGCUCAACAUGAUGCACCGAUAAAGACAAUACACUACAUAAAAGCUCCUAAUUACACUUCUCUUCUUACUGGCAGCUGGGAUAAAACAUUAAAAUUAUGGGACAUGAGAUCUCCUAAUCCAAUGUUAACUCUGCAGUUACCUGAAAGAUGCUAUUGCGCAGAUGCUGUUUAUCCCGUAGCCGUUGUCGGAACCGCUAACCGUAAUAUAGUAUUGUUUUCUUUGGAGGGAACUCCAAGAGAAGUACGGAAAGUCGAGUGCACAUUGAAAUAUCAACUGAGAACUGUUAGCAUCUUUUACGAUAAAACGUCUUCACUUAAUCCUCCAGCGGGAUUCGCUAUAGGCAGUAUAGAAGGAAGGGUUAGUAUAAACGUUCUAAAUACAAACUUACCCAAAGAUAACUUUACCUUCAAGUGCCACAGGUCUACAGAAACCGUUAAUGGGGUGCAAGAGAUAUAUCCGGUAAAUGAUAUAUCCUUCCAUCCCAUCCACAACACGUUAGCAACUGUUGGUUCAGAUGGCCGAUACAAUUUUUGGGACAAGGAUUCCAGAACUAAGCUUAAAUCAUCAGAAAUAGCCUCAACGCCUAGUGAGGUAAUGCCUAUUACCUGUUGCGCUUUCAACCCUUCCGGACAUAUAUUCGCGUAUUCUACCGGUUAUGAUUGGUCUAAGGGACACGAAUUUAAUCGACCCGACAAGAAACCUGCCAUAUAUAUGCAUCCCGCUUUUGAGGAAUUAAAGCCGAGAAAGAAAUGAAGACAUUAUUUCAUUAUUUGUACAUAAUAUAACUACGAAGACAAUGGAUACACUAAUUUAAUUACAAAUAAUAUAUUAUUUUUAA